AUGAAGCCGGCCCGGGCGCCUCUGAUCCCUCACCGGCCUUUUGUCGUUGUGUGGAACGCUCCCACUGAGUCCUGCCGCCUUCGAUUCAAGGUGGACUUGGACCUCAGUGUUUUCGACAUCGUAGCGAACCUCAACGAAACCCUAAGCGGACCAAACGUCACCAUAUUCUACCAUAGCCACUUGGGAUACUACCCAUACUACUCCAACUCCGGGGUCCCCAUCAACGGUGGGCUGCCGCAGAACCAGAGCAUCUCCAAACACCUGAGCAAGGCCCGGGCAGACAUCGACAAGCUAAUCCCCCACAAGGAUUUCCGAGGCUUGGGUGUCAUCGACUGGGAGAACUGGAGGCCCCAGUGGGUCCGAAACUGGGGCACCAAGGACAUCUACCGCAACAAGUCCAUGGAACAGAUUUGGAAACUUCACCCGAACUGGCCGGAGAGCAAAGUGGAGAAGGAAGCGAAGGAAGAUUUCGAGAGGGCCGGGCAGACCUUCAUGAACCUGACCUUGGCCCUGGCUGAAGGUCGUAGGCCGGACGGGCUGUGGGGGUUUUACCUGUUCCCAGACUGCUACAACUACGGGUAUAAGCAGCACCCGCAGCGGUACACAGGCGAAUGCCCCAACGUGGAGCAUGUGCGCAACGACCAUCUGAUGUGGCUUUGGAAGGAGAGCACGGCCCUCUUCCCGUCCAUCUACCUGGACUACGAGCUCAAGUCCUCCUCCAACACGGUCAAGUUUGUCCACUACCGGGUCAAGGAAGCCAUGAGGAUCGCGUCCAUCGCCCGCACGGACUUCACGCUGCCGGUGUUUGUCUACUCCAGACCUUUCUACGCCUACACCUUUGUGGUUCUUUCCGAGAGCGAUCUGGUUCACACCAUCGGGGAGAGCGCCGCCUUGGGGGCGUCGGGCGUCGUCCUCUGGGGAUCGUCAGAGUAUGCACGAUCGCAGAGGAACUGCCUGACCGUGAAGAAGUACAUCGACGGCCCGCUGGGCCACUACGUCAUCAACGUCACCUCCGCCGCCAAGCUGUGCAGCAAAGCGCUUUGCAAGAAGAACGGCAGGUGCGUCCGCAAGAGCCUGGACUCGGGCGCGUACCUGCACCUGAACCCGCGCUUCUUCCACAUCCGCCACGACCCGGCCCCCGAGGGGCCCCGCUUCCACGUCAGAGGCCACCUCGACCGCCACGACGUCCUGGACAUGAAGCAUAAGUUCACCUGCCAGUGCUACCAGGGCUGGACAGGCGUUUACUGCGAGAUGCCCCAGGCUCCUCCUCCUCCUAGGCCUGAGAACGGCCUGCUGGGAGAUAUCCUGCUGCUCCUGUCGCUCCAUUACCCCUGUUUCUGUGUCAUCAUGUUCCUGGGACUCUGCCUGGUUAUCAAGUGUCUGAUGCUGUAG